AUGGUGAUACAGUCAUUGUACUGGCGUUCAAAACUGGGCGCCUCUUCUUCCGACUACCCAACCUUGCAAAAGGAAGAAAAACGAACGCGAAAGAGGACACGGUGUAGUGGUGCACGUGCUUUCAUUUUGCAACGAAAUGCGAUCAAAAACGAUUCCUCAAUUUCAGGUAUCUUGGUCAAGAUGGUGAUCCGACACCUUCAGUGGCUCUUGCAUGUGAGUGCCCCUCUUCACGGUGGCUCAGGGAGAGGAGGAAAAACCCAGGUAAGAUUGAUCAUCUAAGAAGAAACUUGAAGAAGAAUGCAAACUAAUUGUUUUUUUUUUCAGACAUGCGGGUCGGGAUAGUUAUGUCCCACCUCUUGCGGAAACGCUGCUGCGCGAGAAAGAGUCCGACAGCGACAAAGUGUCGCGGUCGCGGGAGCUGUCGCGGGCAUCGAACUCUCGACGUCUCCUCGCUACGUGUUCUCGUCGGGCAAAGGACCUGACAGCGAUGUUCGUCGGGAUGGUGAUUCGUCACCAUUAACAGUGCACAAAAGUGAGUUCUUCUUGGGUUCGGUAAUUAAAAAAAUGUGAAGAUCCACUUUCCAUUUGAAGACACGUGAAAAGUUUUUUCAGAUAUGAUGGUCGAGAUAGUGAUCUCACCGCACAAAGCUUCGUGAAGGCGGUGAAAGUUGUCCUCGAAGGAUGUGGACAGCUUUCGCGCAAUGUAAUCCAUCGUUCGGGAUACAACGAUGAGAAAUUAGCGAAGUGAGUCAAUCAGCAUUGAUCAUUGCUUUUUCUUCAAUUGGAAGACAAAACCGCGUGGAGGAGCUUCAAAAAACGGAAUACGUAAGCAUCUUUUCGCAAUCUUGCAGAUUGAAUUUGAUUUUUCAGGUAGAAGCGAAGGCUCAUAAUUAGAGCGCGCCGAGACUCUCGAAGAAUCUUCUUCAAUUGAAAAACAGCAUAGGGUGGAGGAAGGUGGAAAAACAGAUGCGGAGGACGUCGGGUAAACGAACUCAACCAGGGCCCAGAAGUCAAUAGUUUUUUCAGCACGCUAAUACAGCGCGCGUCGAAAGUAUAUGAAGUUUUCGAAUAUGGAAGUUCUAAACCUUGGAGAUGA